GUAGCGAGCGAAAUAUAAUCCACCUCUCGUCACGGCAAAAAGAUCCGCCCAAGGAUACACACUAACCCGUGAGUGAGGCGGUCGAUUCCGUAAGAUUCUUUUCACAUUUCCGGAAGAUACUAGCAGACGAUCGGAGUAGAUUUCAUCUUUCAGCUCUUAUAGGAUAACUAUCAAAUUAGUCAAUAUGGUCUAAUUAGUAAAAUUAUUAUUCAUGUAGUGUCUCGUAUUCGUCUCGUAGUAUGGAGCUGAGCGGGCCUGACAAACGGUCCGGGUUUGGUAAACCGGUUUCUCCGGGGUCUCGGUUCUGGAUAUGGCUUAUAUGUUGGCUUUGUGUAGUAGAAUUAUGUUUAGCUCAAUCUGAUCAAUCUGGCAGACAGCAAACUUAUAAUUAUGUUGCAUGUGCUGGUUGCAAAGGAGAUGGCUGUAAAUGCGUUGGGGAAAAGGGAUCUCGAGGACCUCCUGGUGUUAGAGGAGAACAAGGAUAUCCAGGACAACCUGGUUUCCCUGGACCAGAAGGUUUAAUAGGACCAAAAGGAGAAAAAGGUGAACUGGGAGUUCAAGGUUCAAGAGGACCCAAAGGAGAUAGGGGUAAAAUGGGAAUGCCAGGAUUUCCAGGAGUUAACGGAAUUCCGGGCACUCCUGGUGAUCCAGGACCUCGAGGGCCCCCUGGAUUAGAUGGCUGCAAAGGAGAAGAGGGCCGUCCUGGUCGGUCAGGUGUAGAUGGCGGUCCGGGACCUGACGGAUACCCUGGUACUCCAGGUUCAAAAGGUGAUAAAGGUGAGCCUUCCUACGGUCAACCAGGGACUAAAGGUCAAAAAGGAGAACAUGGAAGAGAUGGUAUACCAGGUGCAAGGGGUUUGCCAGGUUUAGAUGGAAGACCAGGACCUAAAGGUGAUCCAGGACCACCAGGAGUUUAUGGGCAAAAAGGAGAUGUUGGUUUUCCGGGACCAAAAGGUAACAUGGCUGUUGGUUUUCAAGGAGAAAAGGGUGUUGUUGGACUUAAAGGAUACUCAGGACCUCGAGGACUUCCAGGAAGAUGUUCAGACGAUCCACAAUUCAGAGGAAAAAACGCUACUGUAGGGCCACCUGGGCUUCCAGGGAUGAAAGGAUCAAAGGGUGAACCAGGGGAAAGGGGUGAUAGAGGUUUUGAUGGAAUUCCUGGAGUGGCAGGUCCACCAGGAGAUGUUGGAAUGGUUGGUGAAAAGGGUCUUCCGGGUCAUCCAGGUGCUAGAGGAAAUGAUGGUAUUCCAGGGCCAAUUGGUGAAAUAGGAUUUAAGGGGGACAGAGGAAACGAAGGAUUACCUGGAUAUGAUGGCUUACCGGGAUUGAAAGGAGAUCCAGGGAAACCAGGUUCUUAUGGUCCUAGGGGAUUUCAAGGUCCUCCCGGUUUACCUGGAGGUAUUGAAGGAAGAGCAGGUGAGCCCGGACCACCUGGGCCGAAAGGUUUCCUAGGUCCACCAGGAGUAACUGGAGCUGAUGGAUUACCUGGUUCAAUUGGACCUAAAGGAUUUCCAGGAUUACCCGGAGGAAAAGGAGACGUAGGUCUUCCAGGCCGAGAAGGUCCACCCGGUCUUAAAGGAGACAAGGGAGAUCCGGGUCCAUCUGGGUCACCUGGUUCGACUGGUUCUUCAGGCCUCACAGGUGUUCCUGGUCCAAAAGGGGAGCCUGGUCCAAAAGGCACACCUGGUUAUCCCAUACCAGGUUCUGAUGGACUUGAUGGGAGUCCUGGUAUGGACGGUUUAUCUGGAGAGAAAGGUUUUAUUGGAAUAAAAGGUGAUCGGGGCAUUCCUGGUGACUCAUCUGAAGGAAUACCUGGAAUUCCUGGAGUGCCUGGAAUCCCAGGGGAUAAAGGUCUAAGAGGCGAACCUGGCCGACCUGGAGCUGUAGGACCAAGAGGACAAAAAGGAGACUCGGGCGGUAGCUGUUCUCAAUGUCCUCCAGGCUCCAAAGGAGAAAAAGGUGAGAGAGGAUUUGAUGGAAUACCAGGAUCACAAGGUGACAGAGGCUCUCCUGGUCAGUCUGGACGACUAGGAGACAAAGGAGAUGAUGGAUUACCUGGAUUUCCAGGACCUCCUGGAUUAGAAGGGUUGCCAGGGACACCUGGAGCUGCUGGAGGUAAAGGAGACAAAGGACAACCUGCAUUUGUCGGUCAAGAUCUUGUAGUUGGUAUUCCUGGCGAUAAAGGUAAUAGAGGGCUCUCUGGAUUGCCUGGAGGACCAGGAAAAGAUGGCAGAAAAGGGGCAGAUGGUUAUUCUGGACCUCACGGAAUUCCUGGAUCUAAAGGAGAGAAGGGUCUUAUAGGUCCACCUGGACCACCAGGAUUAAUGGGACCGGCUGGAUCUCCAGGUUCUAGAGGACCAAAAGGAGACCGUGGAUAUGGACCACCUGGUUUCCCCGGAGAAAGAGGGGAACCUGGAUUUCCCGGUACACCUGGAAGACCUGGUGCUCAAGGUCUAAAAGGAGAACCAGCACCCGACCCCCCUCCCACUUGGAUACAGUUAAAGCCCGGACCUCCUGGCCCACCAGGACCAAAUGGAGAACCUGGUUUCGAUGGAGUAGAUGGAGGACCUGGAGAAGAUGGCAGAGACGGAAGACCAGGUAUACCAGGACUUAAAGGAGAGCGUGGUUUUGAUGGUUCAUCUGGUUCACUUGGUCCACGAGGUUUGCCUGGUCCAAGAGGUGACAAGGGAAACCCAGGCCCACCAGGAUUUGAAGGAGAGCCAGGCCGUCAAGGUCAACCCGGUCUACCUGGAUUUCCUGGAGCGAAAGGAGACAAGGGUGAAAGGGGAAUUGCUGGAGAUGGCCGAAAAGGGCAACCCGGUUUUCCAGGCCGGCCAGGAGACAAAGGAGAACGAGGACCAGAAGGCGCACCAGGUUUGAUAGGAGAAAAAGGUUUUCCUGGUUAUCCGGGUGAAAAAGGAGAUAGGGGUAUAUCUGGAGUACCAGGAUUUAAUGGUCCUAAAGGUGACAAAGGAGAUUCAGCAUUAGUCGGCUUUCCUGGUCCUCGAGGACCGAGUGGCGAACCAGGAUUUGAUGGACCUAAAGGUUCAAAGGGUGAAGCUGGAGAUGUCGGCCCACCAGGAUCUUUUGGUCUACCCGGAAUAAAAGGAUUAUCAGGUACUCCUGGCUCACCAGGACGGCCAGGUUUCAACGGAGCACCUGGUUUACCGGGUAGACAGGGAAAAGAUGGUCUUGAAGGUUUACCAGGCUUUCCAGGUAUAAAGGGAGAAAGAGGUUUUGAUGGUCUACCUGGCAAUCCAGGACCUGCAGGUUUAGAAGGCUUGCCUGGCUUUCAAGGAUUAAAAGGUGACAAGGGAUUCCCUGGUUUUCCUGGUAAAGACGGUCAACAAGGAAUACCCGGGGUUAAAGGAAACGUUGGUCUUCCGGGAUUUCCUGGUACAAAAGGUGAACCUGGUGGAAUAGCCGCCAAAGGUGAUAAAGGAGACAGAGGACUGCCUGGCUUAAGAGGAUCACCAGGUUUACCAGGCCCUGAAGGACUUGAUGGCUUCCCUGGUUUAAAAGGCGACGACGGAAUACCAGGAUUUGGUAUUCCCGGACCCCCAGGUCCAACUGGAGAAAGAGGUCCCGAAGGCCCAUCUGGUUUACCAGGUUUGCCAGGAUCUAAAGGGUUUGAAGGUUUACCAGGAUUCCCAGGUUUAAAAGGAAAUAGAGUAAGUUUAAGUAUUUUUUGCAAAUAUUUUGGAUCAUGUGUUCCAUUAUUUAUUGUCCCGCAGUGGAUCGUUAAGAAACAGUUCCCAGUAGAACACCGAAGUCAAGCAUCACUGGCUGCUUUCAGUGUGCGGGUUCCGGUGUGGCUUUAUACUAUUAAAUUGACUAAAAGAGUUAGAAGUCCCACUCAUAAGAGAAAAAAAAAUAAGUUCAAACUUCUCAAUGCUGUGUUGAAAGAAGGAAUGGGCUGUGCUUCUGUUUCUUCUUGCUCAUCUUCAUCGGCGGAUGAAAAGUCCAUAACAUCGUCCACGGAUGGAGCAGUGGUUCUCUCAGCUUCGCAUGUUGCUAAGUUUUCUCGGAUUUCUACANGUCUGAAAGGAGACAGUGGAUUACCUGGAUUUCCGGGGGUUAAAGGAGGCAGAGGACCAUCUGGUCUACCAGGGUUACCUGGAUUGAGUGGAGAUAGAGGAUAUCCUGGGGGUGUAGGACCAGCUGGAUCACCAGGACUUCCAGGAGACAAAGGCCUUGCUGGUUUUCCAGGUUUACCAGGUGAAAGAGCUUUCCCUGGUGAAAAAGGAGAACCUGGUUUACCUGGACUACCUGGUUUUCCAGGAUCUAAAGGAGAUAGAGGCUUAGAUGGAGCUCCUGGUUUACCAGGGUUAAAGGGCAUAAGAGGAUUCCUUGGAUUAGAUGGAACACCAGGACUUCAAGGACAACCAGGCUUCCCAGGCAUUCCUGGAAUUAAAGGAGGGAGAGGCCUUCCUGGCAUUCCUGGGUUUGGAAUGAAAGGGGAAAAGGGUCUUUCUGGGCGACCUGGACUUGAAGGUCUACCAGGUAUUCCUGGUCCAAAAGGAGUACCUGGGCUGCCAGGAUUACCAGGAGAACCAGGAACACCAGGCUCCUCAGGAUUACCAGGGUUAUUUGGAGAAAAAGGAAACGCAGGCUUUCCUGGCGUACCUGGAAGGAAUGGAUUGGAUGGAUCACCAGGGAUAAAAGGAGAACAGGGUUUGUCAGGAUUUCCAGGACUUAAGGGGGAUCAAGGCUUUCCUGGUUUACCAGCUGUACCAGGGCCAGUAGGAGAUCAAGGACCACCAGGACUUACUGGAGUUCCAGGCCCCCCUGGUUAUAAGGGAGAAUCAGGAGAACCAGGACUGCCGGGAUUACCUGGCUUUCCUGGAGUCAAAGGAGAGAGAGGAAUAGAUGGCUUUCCAGGUUCAGAAGGACCAAGAGGACUUACUGGAGUUCCAGGCCCCCCAGGUUAUAAGGGAGAAUCAGGAGAACCAGGACUGCCGGGAUUACCUGGCUUUCCUGGAGUCAAAGGAGAAAGAGGAAUAGAUGGCUUUCCAGGUUCAGAAGGACCAAGAGGUCCACCAGGAUUCGCAGGUAUGAAAGGAGAAAAGGGAAAUGUUCCACCUCCUAACUUGCUGAGGGGUGAAAAAGGAGAACCAGGAUUGCCUGGAAUACCAGGAGAUCCAGGACUGCCUGGUCUUAAAGGAUAUCCUGGAAGUCCAGGAUUCCCGGGAUUAAAAGGCAAUCCUGGUCCAAAUGGUCCUUCAGGACUUCCGGGCUUACCAGGUCCAGAUGGAUCAAAAGGGGAAAGGGGCUUUGAUGGACUUCCUGGACCACCAGGUGUACCAGGACCUAAAGGAGAGCCAGGACCAAGAGGUUUAAAUGGAAAAGGUGGAGGAGAUAAGCUAAUGGGAAUGCUUGUGGUAAGGCAUAGUCAAUCUUACAACUUACCUCAAUGUCCAAGAGGUAUGAGAAAAAUGUGGGAUGGUUACAGUUUGCUGUAUAUUGAAGGCAAUGAAAAAUCACACAAUCAAGAUUUAGGUUUUGCGGGAUCAUGCAUGCAGAGAUUCAGUACAAUGCCAUUCCUGUUCUGCGACUUUAACAGCGUUUGCAACUAUGCAACACGCAGUGAUAAGUCAUACUGGCUUUCAACAAACGCACCUCUACCUAUGAUGCCUGUGUCCGACAAUGUUAUCCAAGAGCAUAUUAGUCGAUGUGUAGUCUGUGAGACACCAGCUAACGUCAUCGCUGUCCACAGUCAAUCUUUGGCCAUUCCUAACUGUCCAAGAGGAUGGGACUCUUUGUGGAUCGGAUAUAGUUUUGCAAUGCACACUGCAGCGGGAGCUGAAGGUGGUGGACAAUCACUCUCCAGUCCAGGAAGCUGCCUAGAAGAUUUUAGAGCAACUCCAUUCAUCGAAUGCAAUGGUGCUAAAGGAACAUGCCAUUACUAUGCUAGCAAGUACAGUUUCUGGCUAACUAGCAUCGAAGAUGAUGAACAAUUCGAAAGACCAGCUAGCGUUACCCUUAAGGCAAAUGAUCUGCGUACGAGAGUGAGCAGGUGUAAUGUUUGUGUGAAGAACACUAACAUAACAUGAUAUUCUUUCAACUGACACUUAUAAACAAAUAUGAAAUUCGUCAGAAAUUUUGCAAUGUGUAAAGAAUUUACCAAAACCGGGCUAAAAUGAACUAUCUGUUCAACUUGUGCAAUUGACUGGAUAAAAUUUUACGAUGCCAAGCUUUUUAAGUUAAGGAGUUUAUUUUAAAAUUUGAUUAUUGAUAAAAGCGUCCUUUAAUUUUCGUUCCUGGCGAUUUUUUUAAAAAUAUUUUUGACUGCCAGCAGUCCUGAAAGAGCAAACUAUUAUGUUUCUGGGGCAAAUCUCUUUUGGUGUAAUUGUUUGAAUGCAAUUUUGAAGACAACAUGCCACGAAAAUUUGCUAUCAUUAUGAAAUUAGCCUGGAAUUUCAAAACCAGCACAGAAACAUAGCAACCAGUAGCAUCCUGCAAUUGCAACAAAACAAGCUCUUCUUUCAAUAAGUGGAUUUAAAAUUUUCAACCACUUUUUUAAAAAAUGUGUGCUUUUCUUUAUUGUGAACAGAUCAUUUUUUAACUUUUCUUUCUGACGAAUUUUCAUGAUUUUGACUGCCAGCAAUCCAGAGAGAACAAAUUUUUAUGUUUUUGGGACAAACGAUUUAUGUUGGAAAUGUUUGAUUAUAAUUUUGAUAUCAAUAAACCACGAAGUUCAAUAACAAAAGAAUAAUUUUCAUCAGGGAUUGACGAAAAUCUUUAACCAUAUUACCAUUAAAGUUUUAAGAAGCAUUAAUAUAUUUCUUGAAGCAUUGUGUUCUUGAUAAUUCUCUGGUUCUGCAUUUGUAUUUGUGUUUUUGUUCUAGUCCUUUUAAGGUAAUACCAAUGCAUUUAAAAAGAAAUUAACGCACUUUAAAGUGAGUGUUCACUUUCUAUUUUUUGAGAACUGCUUGUUUGGCAAUGUUAAUCUCAUUGACGUUAAUACAUGGUGCUAUAAAUAUCUAAUUGUGAAAGAUUUUAGACUAAGUUUUACUUAUUUUUAAAGUUGAUUUUUUGUGCUUGUCAACAAUUGUGUCUGUAGAUAAAGCUCAUGUUAAAUAAACUGCCAUAUUUUCUUA